UGGUAUCCUUUGAAGCACAAAAAUUUCUGAAUUUGGUGAAGUCCAAUUUAUCUGUUUUUUUCUUUUGUUGGCUUAUGCUUUUGGUGUUUUAUCUAAGAAACUGUAUUCCAACUCAAGAACACAAAGUUUUACUCCUUUUUUCUUCUAGGAGUUUUGUAGUUUUAGCUCUUAUGUUUAGAUUUAUGAUCUACUUUGAGUUAAUUUUUAUGUGUGGUGUGAGGUAGGGGGUCCAAAUUCUUUUUUUUUUUUUUAUGUGGAAAUUGAAUUGUCCCUGCACCAUUUGUUGAAAAAAACUGUUCUUUCCUCUCGACACCUUUGUCAGAUAGCAAUUAACCAUUAAAGUGAGAGUUUAUUUUUGGACUCUCAAUUCUAUCCCAUUGAUUUAUGUCUCUCCUUAUGUCAGUACUACACUUUCUUGGUUCCUUUAGCUUUUUAGGGCCUUGGACAUUUUCCCCCCUUGUACUUUUUUUGUUGAAGAAACAGAGUCAUUUGUUCCAUCAGACUGAAUUUGUUGAUUGCAUCUCUGUGGUGUCAUUUAACAUAUUCUCUGUCCCUUGUAUUUUAGUAACCCAGAGGCAUGAUCUGAUUUAGAUUUGAUUUUAACAGAAGAAUAAUUUGCAGGCGGUGUGCGUUUCCAGGGUCAGAGCAUGCUGUGGGGUUGACCCUUCCGGUGAUGCUAGGGGCCAUCCAUGACCUUCACCUGGAUCAUUUUUUUUCAUUAGAGGGUGGGGAGGGGGUCACAGGGUGGUUUGGAGGACUGAGGGGUAAUCAUGCAAUGAAGUAGCUGUUGCCGUGCCUGGCACAUAGUGACCUCUCAAUAAAUAUUAGCCCUUAUUGUUGUUGUUACUAGAGCUGUGUGUGUGGGACCCAAAUCCUGGGCUUGGAGCCAUUCUCUGGCCAGGGCUUUCUUUUCCCUUCUUCUCUGCCCCUGGAGGAGAAAUCUGCAGUGCCCCAAGGCUCUGAGAGGCAUGUUCAGGAAUGCAGCAGCCAUCUAUUUGCACCUGGUGGGGCCCCUCCUGGGAAAGAAGGCUGAAGCUUCACUCAUCCGGUCCUUGCACCAGACUCUCACCAUGGCCAAACAGCUGCAGGCUCGAAGGCUGGACAGGAUCGAGUACAACCCUUGGGUGAAGUUCAUCAAACUGUCCAGUGAGUAUGAUGUCGUAAACUUGGGCCAAGGCUUCCCCGACUUCCCGCCCCCAGACUUCGCUGUGGAAGCGUUUCAGCAUGCCGUCAGCAGGGACUUCAUGCUCAACCAGUACACCAAGGCAUUUGGCUACCCACCUCUGACGAAGAUCCUGGCAAAUUUCUUUGGAAAGCUGCUGGGACAAGAGAUAGACCCGCUUAAGAAUGUGCUGGUGACCGUGGGUGCCUACGGGGCGCUGUUCACAGCCUUCCAGGCCCUAGUGGAUGAAGGGGAUGAGGUCAUCAUCAUCGAGCCCUUUUUUGACUGUUAUGAGCCCAUGACCUUGAUGGCAGGGGGUCGCCCUGUGUUUGUGUCCCUGAAGCCGAGCCCCACCCAGGACGGGGAACUGGAUUCCAGCAGCAACUGGCAGCUGGACCCCACGGAGCUGGCCAGCAAGUUCACGUCUCGCACCAAAGCCUUCAUCCUCAACACACCCAAUAACCCCCUUGGGAAGGUGUUCUCCAGGGAAGAACUGGAGCUGGUGGCCAGCCUGUGCCAGCAGCAUGACGUGGUGUGCAUCUCCGAUGAGGUCUACCAGUGGCUGGUCUAUGAUGGGGACCAGCACAUCAGCAUAGCCAGCCUCCCAGGCAUGUGGGAACGCACCCUGACCAUUGGCAGCGCUGGCAAGACCUUUAGUGCCACCGGCUGGAAGGUGGGCUGGGUCCUGGGUCCGGACAGUAUCAUGAAGCACCUGCGCACCGUGCACCAGAACUCUGUCUUUCACUGUCCCACGCAAGCCCAGGCUGCAGUAGCUGAGAGCUUUGAGCGGGAGCAGCUGCACUUCAGCCAGCCCAGCAGCUACUUCGUGCAGCUCCCACAGGCCAUGCAGCGCAACCGUGACCGCAUGAUCCGCAGCCUACAGUCUGUGGGCCUGAGGCCCGUGAUCCCCCAGGGCAGCUACUUCCUUAUCACAGACAUCUCGGACUUCAAGAGCAAGAUGCCUGACUUGCCUGGUGCUGUGGAUGAGCCCUAUGACAGCUGCUUCGUCACGUGGAUGAUCAAGAACAAGGGCUUGGCGGCCAUCCCAGUCUCCAUCUUCUACAGCGUGCCUCAUCAGAAGCACUUUGACCACUAUAUCCGCUUCUGUUUUGUGAAGGAUGAAUGCACACUCCAGGCCAUGGAUGAGAGCCUGCAAAAGUGGAAGGAUGAACUGAGGCCCUGACAUCGUCCCCUCAGCCCUGCUGUGCUGGGUCCCUUUGCGCUCUGCAGGGCUGUCUUUGUCCUGGUUUCAGCCAUUCCCAUCGUGGAGGUAGAUGAUACGCAGGAAGGUCUUCAGGGAAGAGCCCUCCGUCUUGGUCUUGGGGAACUCAGGGGCAUCUCCCCAUGGUGCCUGUGUUCCUGUCAUGGAGAUGAAGGAGCCCAGAUCCCCAGGUGGGGUCUUAGGGUCUUGAGGCCCUUAGGCCUCCCCAGACUUGCUGGGACUCAACGGGCAGAGUUGGACAGUGUGCUGGCCUUGAGUCCUAGCCCUGGCCCCAGGGCUCUUUCCCUGUCUAAUCCUGACCUUGGGAAGUUGCUAUAGGCUUGAACCCUCAAGCCAGUCCUUUCUGCCCUAAUAAAGUUUUAAGUGUAAGUUA